AUGAUUGCUCCUAAUACAAGUACUCCAGUUGUUGCUGAGAUGAGUGAUGAAACAAUUACCGCAAAUACCAUUGCUGUGAAUUCGCAGCACAAGAGUAUGAGAUUGUUUUUCGUUUUGAAUACGUUGGUCCAACAUUUGCAUGAUUUUGCUAAAGAAGUCAGGUUAACAACAGAAGAAUGGGAAGAAGGUAUCAAAUUUUUGACAGAGUGUGGUCACAUCACUACAGAUAUAAGACAAGAAUUUGUUUUAUUGUCUGAUGUUUUGGGCUUUUCGGUAUUGGUGGACAGUAUCUCCCAUCCAAAGCCAGAUAAUGCCACCCUCGGGACAUUAUUGGGACCCUUUCACACACAUGAUGCUGAAAUCAAGGUGAACGGAGAUACCAUUGUUUCAGAGGGCAAGGGCGAGCCUUUAUUGAUUGAAGGGAAAUUGACUGACACUAAAGGUAAUCCUAUAUCAGGAGCCACCAUCGAUCUCUGGCAUUGCGACAAGGAUGGAUUCUAUGAUACACAGUAUGAGGAUCGUGAGAAGGCAGACUUGAGAGGAAUCAUCAAAACUGGAGGAGAUGGAUCAUUUACCAUUAAAGCAUCAAAACCAGUACCAUAUCCUAUUCCAAGUGAUGGUCCAGUGGGUAAACUUUUGAAAAAAAUCAACCGUCACCCAUAUAGGCCAGCCCAUAUUCAUUUUAUAAUUGAGAAGCCUGGCUAUGACAAACUAAUUACAGCCUUGUACGAAAGAGGUGAUCCUUAUGAAACAUCAGAUGCAGUAUUUGGUGUCAAGUCAAAGUUGUUGUACACGUUAGGUAGAGUUGGAAAGGAAAAAUCAAAACAAUAUAAUAUGAGUCCAGAUGAUUGGUAUUUGAAUUGGGACUUUAAGAUUAUUACUGAUAAAGAAUCACGUGAAUUGGUUUAUGAAAAAAAUAAAAAGGCUGUUGGUUCAAAUAACAAUUUAGUUCUCAAUGAAAAUGGUUUACCUGAGAUGGCACCGUUAGAUUGA